GAAAGUAGGUCUUUCAGUCAGAAUUUUUAGAUGGAAACCCAAGAAGUAUCAGCCCUCGUUUUCAACGAGCUCAAACAAGUCUCGAAUAACGACGAAUGAUUUGACUGUGGCGCUAGAAAUCCACAAUGGGCCUCUAUAAAUAAUGGCAUCUUUAUUUGUAUCAACUGAGUUGGUAUUCAUAAAGGCCUCGGAGCCCAUCUCUCCUUUGUUAGGUCAGUAAAUCUUGACGAAUGGAACGAGAGACAACUCAAAUGUAUCAGCGUUGGAGGUAAUUCCAAGCUGAAGGAGUUCUUCGAGAUUUAUGACCUUGAUAAAGAGACUAUUGAUGUCAAGUACAGCACCAAAGUUGCUGAUUAUUACAGGAAAAAGCUUAAAGCAUGUGCCAUUGAUCAUGAAUAUGACGCACCACUUCCUGAGUACUCAGCAGGCCGUGAACAGAUAGAUUAUGAAGAAUCUGAUGAAUCUUCAUCACUUGGACUACAACUGAAAGAAGAAAUGAAAGAGCACGAGAAUGCUGGUGAACAGGAAGAAGUCAAAGAGGCAGGUGCUCCUAAGAAAGAAGACAAAGCCAGAGCCUCAACUCUGCUGUCAAAAAUGAUGACAACUUCUCUCCAGGUUAAGAACAAAAGCGUUCAUAUUAUUGGUGUAGGAACAAAGUCAGCUUACAAUGUUGCCAAGGCUGCUGUCGGAGGUGCAGCCACACUCGGCAAGAAAGGCUAUGUUGCUGGUAAAGAAGGCGCUGUGUACGUUGGCAAGAAGGGAUACGAAGCUGGAAAGAUAGGCUAUACCGCUGGUAAGGAAGGAGCUGUAUUUGUUGGCAAAUAAGGGAUACGAGGUUGGAAAAGAUACCUACACAAAAAUCUCAGAAAAUGAAAAAGUUAAAUCUAUUGGAGGAGCUGUAUACUCAAAGACUAAGGGCGCUGCUGGUGUCGCAACCAGUUUUCUGUCAUCCUUAGUAGGCAAAAAGAAAGUUGCUUAUGUUGAAGAUAGUGGUGAACAUGAGUCUGGUGGGGCUAAUCCACCCCCUGCUCAAAAAGAUGAGGGAGCUGAUCACUUGUUGCCAGAAACAAGUAAUAUUGAGGAAAAGAAAGAGUAGUUUUUAAGUGAAUUCAACUUGAUUUUAA